GUCUUCUCGUGUGUUGGCAGAAGCUUUUUUUCUAUCACUGCGAGUGGGCCCACGACACGACCAGGAAGUCGAGUAGCUUUCUCAAUUCAUAUCUCGUACAAGAAACUACCCCCCUGAAAUAAAAGAACCCACACGGCACUACAAACAGCUUCUGUUCUUGCGGCAUUAUAGUAUGCAGAAGGAGAUUUUGUCGGGCAUGAGGAGACAGCUCAUGCGCCGAUGAGGUCGUAAAUGUCGCUCGGGUAUGGAUUGCAAAAAUGUCUGGGUCUGGAAGAUUGCAACUUGUCAUGCUAAAUCCGAACCAUGCAGAAAUCUGUGCUGCAUGAGUGCCAAAAGCUGUCCACUUUCGACCACGUUGGCAGGGAGUUUCUCAUGCUGGAUGGGCAUGGCAGAGACCUCACAGAGUCUGUCAUGCUAGGUUCCGCAUUCCAGACCUCAUGGGUCAUGAAAAACCUGCAUGACAAGUUUACACUCUUCCAGACAUCCAGGGAUAUUUGCAGUUCAUAUCGGGGUUAAGAUAUAGCAGACCCGUUGUUCAGAGGAAUAACCAACGUAAAAAAAUCCCAGAAUUUUUUCUGAAGCCAUAUCAAUUGUUGUAACGCUGACGGCGCUGCUGUACU